AUGUCACAAUCAAGAGUGUUGGACACUCGGAGACGAUACCGAGAGCUUUACGCGGACUAUGACACAACUGUCGAUUACGGAUCGAUGGAAAACUUUGCGAAUGCUCAUCGCGAGUAUAUCCGUAAAAUGCGCGAAUAUCAAGCACGACAGGGUCAUCGCCGACAACUCGAAGCGUGGCAAUGGGUUGGCACGUGUAAUUACAUUCAAUCAACCGGAUAUCCCCUUCAGGCCCAGUUUCUCAAUAGCAUGAUGCUGCCUGGAUUCUAUACUCCGCCGGUGGCUGAACCAGUAGAGGAACCACCUCAGGUUCAACGCCGUUUCGAUGCAAUUACAUACGAGUGAGGAAAAACAGGAGCUAUCGGUGACAAAAAUGAAACGUUUUCAGUGCUGCUCCGUUCAUCCGCCGUCUUUUUGCCGAGUUCAUCGAUUUCCUCUUCUUCCUCGCAUUGAAGAUUUUCGUCAUCGGAGCGCUUAUCGAGAUCGAUGUCAUGUUUGUGAACUGAAGAAUUCAGUUUUUUACUUUUCCAUUUUCAGCGAUCUCAGACACUUUGGCCAAGCUCUCGAAGACGAGCAGGACAUUAUGCAGUUCAUCAAUCUCGCCCAGGAACUACUUCCGAUCGAAUUCAUCAGCAAAGUCGGCUGCUGCAUUAUUGAGGUAACCAAGUGUCCUCAGAUUUCGAUUCCAUCUUAUCGUACUUUAGGGACUCAUUAUGGCGUACGGACUGGGACCAAUCGGAAAAGGCCAAUCUCCCGGCAAAUGGAUCGCUGGAAUUCGUGUCCUCUCCUGCUAUGACGUGACCGCCGGAGAGCUGCCCGAACAUGUCGUCGUGGAGGGACCAAAUGUCAUUGGAGUUCAACAGUAAGAACCUAUUUCGCAACGAAAGUAUAUAAAUGCGAAAUUUUACAGAUCUCUGAAGCGAUCGUUCAUGAAGAACGUUAUUGUGAACAGCCUGUUCCCACUGAGCACCGCCGCUUUCCAAAUCAACAAUGGACGCGUUUUCUACGACAUGGUCAUGAAAACAGUCGUCAUCAUGGUCCCCCAAUAA